GGCGGGCCGGUUCUCGCGAGACCUCGCCGGUCGCUCCCGCCGUGCCCCGCGCCGCCGCUCUCGCCGCCGCCGCCGCCGCUCCGUGUCAGUCGUUGGGCGGUAAUGGCGGCGGGCUAGCGCCGCCGAGGUGACCGCGAGCUCGCGGCCGCGCAGCUGAGCUCGGGGCGCCGCCGCGUCCCGCCGCCCUCCUCUCGGACUCCGCGGGAUGCGCCGGGACCUGUCCCCGGGGCGGCGGGCGUCGGUCACCGCCGUCACCAGAAAACUGACAUGAUGUGGAGCAACAAGUCAAAUGAGGUGCCUUUACAAAAUCCAAGGCAUACCCAAAACAAGGAUUCUACCAGAGAUCUAACUGCAGCAUGGGCUACUUUUUCUCAGACUAAGGCUGCUCUACGUCAUAUAGAGAACAAAUUGGAAAUAGUUCCCACCAGCACAGCUGUAUUCGAUUCCGUCAUGGAUGCCAAGAAGCCCUGUGCUAGCACUAGCAGGAAAAUAAGCCGUAAGGCUUCCCGGUCCUUCAGCCAAAAUAAAUCAAGCAAGGAGAAGUCCUCACGCAGCCCUCUUCGAGCGACCACUCUUGAAAGCAAUGUGAAGAAAAGCAACCGUGUGGAAUUUCGUGAGCCGUUGGCUUCCUACAGGGAUACGUAUGGUUCUCCAUCUUAUCAAAGUUCUAGUCAACUAGAGGCCAAGCGACUUUUGUCUAGUUUGGACUUCAGUGAAGCAGAAGGGAAGACUGAAAUAGCAAGCCGUAGGAUAUAUGACAGAGAUGAACGGGACCUACACAGCAGAGAUUUUGAAAGCCCAGGCUCUUCUGCUGCAGAUGAGACUGUUGUUAGGUAUUUGAAUGACCGACCGGCAAUUGAUGCCUUGCAGAAUAAUGAGGUAUUUCUUAAAGUUGCGACACCUCCAAGAUUGGAAGAAGAAAAAAAUAGUGGUUCCAGAGAUGAGAAUAGCACCAAAACUCCCAUGAGUAAUGCAUCUCAGGACGCUGAAUUGAAAGGGUUCCAGCUGGCAGAGUCUUCCCUUUCUGCCACCAGUACUUCUAGUGCUCAUAGGCUGGAAAUUUUGAAACGGCGGCAGCAUGAUGUGAAGUUAGAGAAGCUGAAGGAGCGGAUUCGAAAGCAGUGGGAGCAUUCUGAAGAGCUCGGUGGCCGAGGGCAGCAUUUGGGAUAUGCUGAUGAGCAACCUGUGGUCAUCACAAAUACAGAGAGUGCAGUGACUCCCAAGGUCAGAAAAGUGGCAGCUGCACCUGCUGCUCCAGCAUACAAAGGUUUCAAUCCUGCUGAAACGAAGAUUCGCACUCCAGAUGGAAAGGUCUGGCAUGAAGAAGAAUUUCACAUUAGCCAGGAGCUGUAUAGAGAUAUAGCACUUCAGUUAACAGAGGAUUCAACAGUGAAAGAAAAACCUAGUGAGAGAAACAAAGAGAAAAAAGCAACCAGACCAGUGCGGAAAGUUCAAAAACUGACACGAUUGUCAAGUCCGGAUUCCCGACAAGGUGGAAACUAUGUAAUAAGUGCAUCCUCCUGGCGGGAGGGACAAAAGCUGGUAAAAAAGAUACUGGGUCCAGCCCCCCGAAUAGAACAGGACAGAAGAGCUAUAUCUAGUGACAGAACAGGACGAGAGAGAGCUACGAAGUCUGCAGGCCGUAUUGGAAGGACAGGUUCAGAUUCUAGGCUGGAUGUUACCCAUAAAGCCUCUUCAAGAAGCUCUGAAAGGUCGAGGAGUAAAGUACGGUCUGAGAAUAAUCUGAAGAAACUGGAAUCUACUCGUCCAGAUGAUAACCAAGGAGAUCACGCCUCCUUAAAUAAGGACUUCCUGCCAGUGGAGAUACGUGGAAUUCUUGAUGACUUGCAGUUGGAUUCCAUGAGUACAAAGCAAGAGAAAGAUGUGGAAAAGCAGAAUCAGAAAUGUGUUUUGCCUACGCAAAAUGCCAGGAGCCACAGUCCGACCAAAAGGAAACCAGACAAGCUAGCUGCCAGUGAGGAGCCUCAGGUGAUCUCUAAGAAACGUCACUAUGAUACAGAUGAGGUUCGUCAGUACAUCAUUAGGCAGCAAGAGGAGAGGAAGAAGAAGCAGAAUGAAGAGAAGAAGGCACAAAAGGAGGCAACAGAACAGAAAAACAAAAGACUCCAAGAGCUCUACAGAAAGCAGAAGGAGGCUUUUACUAAAGUAAAGAAUGUGGCACCUCCUGAGCCUUCUGCAGCUAAACGGUUACAGGAAACAUAUUCUAAACUACUGCUGGAACGGACUUUUUUAGAAGAGCCAGCUCAGCUGCCCACGGUGCAGGAAACACAGCCCAGACCUGGUUAUCAGCCAUCUGGGGAAUCUGACAAAGAAAACAAGGCUCAAGAGCGUCCUCCUAGUGCAUCUUCAAGUAGUGACAUGUCGUUGUCAGAGCCUCAACAGCCACUACUAAGAAGUGAUUUGAUGGAGCCUGCAUGGGUGCAGCCAGACAGGUUGAGCCCAAGAGUCCAGCUUUCUCACUCGCAAGCUCUUGUGGGCUCAAAUGGAGGCCCAUGCUCCCAACAUUGGAGUCUGGAGCAGAUGGGCCUUUUGUCAAAGGAGCAUGACGCAGUGUUGGCAGGCAGGAGGAGCCACGCUGCACCUGUGGGAUCGCUGACUUUGACAUCUCAGCCAUACCUGAAUUCAUCUGCUGCUCAGCAAAAUGUCUUAGUAAAACCUACUGCUAACCAGUAUAAGAGCAAAUUAGAUCGCAUUGAAGCUCUGAAAGCUACAGCUGCUUCCCUUUCUAGCAGGAUUGAAAGUGAAGCCAAAAAGUUGGCUGGGGCUGGCAUCAAUUAUGGCACCAUGUGGAACUCAGACCAUGAAUUCCUGCAAGAAAACCAAGAUGAUGGGCGCUGGGCAAAAGCUGUGAGUCCUCCUGUGAGAGAGGAAAAUGAAGACGCUUUUUCAGCCAGAAUUCAAAAAAUGCUGGGUGCCUGUGUGUCUCAUACAGCCUUUGAUGAUAACCUUCCUGGGGUAGGCAACCUUAGUGAAUUUAAAAAGCUCCCCGAGAUGAUCAGGCCUCAUUCUGCCGCAGUCAGCCUUGGGAUGAGGUCCCCUGCUGGUAAUAGACAUGAAGGGAUACUAGGACAUUUAUCGAAGAGACAAACUGACUCCCCAGGGCGUGAAAGCCAGGCUUAUGGUCAGAACAAAGCAGUAAUUCCUCAUGAGUCCAGCAUAGACUCCAUCAGUGAAGGGCCUCUCCUGAGUGAGGGAAGCUUCUCGGAAGAAGAAGGAGGCCAACACAAACAAUCACCACUGAAGAUGUUGGAGACAUUAAAAGAGAAGGAUUUCUGUGUUGUUCGGGAGAGAAAUGCUUUUGAGCCCAUAAAAGAGUUUCAGAAAGAAGCUGAAAAAUAUUUGCCGCUUUUCACUCAGACAAGUGGUGCACACAGCAAGGGGCCAUGGGAGGAACUGGCGAAGGGAAGUCCACACAGUGUCAUCAACAUCUUUGCAAAAAGUUACCAGCUUCAUGGAAAAGUGUUUGAUGAAAGGUCAAGUGGAGGGUCUGCUCUUCUGCGGCCUUUGCUCCCUGCUGUCAGCCCUCCAGAGAGCAUCGUUUCUUACGAAGAUGAUUUUGCCUCAUCACAGGGAAGUAGCACUUUGACAGACAAAAAGAUUGCACGUGACCUAAGUGUUGCUGGCAGCAGUAAUUCAAGCAUUCAGGAGGAAGUUCCUAGUAGGAAGUCUCCCCAUGAACCUCGAUCUGUAGAGCUUGCAUCCCAGCAUUCUUCUGGACCCCGGUCUGUAGCAUCUUCUCGCUCAUCUGCUUCCUCUAAAAAGAGAGGGAAAAAGGAACGGUUGAAAUCUUGCAAUGGAAGUUCUCACCACUUUCCAGUGGAAGAAGAGAAAAUGCUCUCUGAAUUGGAGUGGGGAUCCCAACAGGCAAAGAAGUCCUUAUCUAGUAACAGAAUUUCUAAUAAAGAUCUUGAGCAGAACCCAGAUACUGACAGCACAUUAGAAAACUUGUCUGGACACUCCCUGAUGAGCUUUUCAGACAAGGGAAGAUCCCAGAAGACACCAACCUCUUCCCCAUCUCCAGGCUCCCAAAAAUUGUUGCAGUUUGAUUCUGUAGGCAAUACAGCAGAAAGAGCCAAGUCACCUGCUGGCUUCUCUACAAGUACAGUGUCAGGGCUGAAACCUAACACAGCCUUCUCUGACUUGAGUCUGGGAACGAGUAGGCCUGGAGCAGGAGCAGCCUCAGCAAGUGGAUGUAUGCGCUUCUCCCCUGCUGGUCUUCAGCAUCGUCUGUCAGCAGAAUUGAACUACCUUAGUGCCAUUGAGGAGUCUGUGCGACAGCUUUCAGAUGUGGAACGAGUACGAGGCAUAUCACUUGCCCAGCAGGAGAGUGUUUCUUUGGCUCAGAUUCUAAAGGCACAGCAGCAGCGCCAUGAACAGGACUUGGCUCUUUUGAAAAUGAAGGCAGAACAAGAAGCUUUAGAAAGUCAGAGACAGCUGGAAGAGGCAAGGCAGAAGGCAGCUCAGGUCCAUGUGGAGUCACUACAGCAUCUGGUUCAGUCACGGCAGGAGGCUGUAGAAGUACUGCAAGAGACCACAUGCAAGAUUGCAGCCAAGCAGGUGGAAGCUGCACUUCUCACUACGGAUGCAGCUCGCCAGAUCCGUGAGAUGACAGAGUUAGCCCGGACCCAUAUCGCAGAUGCUGUCAGUGCUCCAACUGCUCCAAUGACAACCUUGUUCGACCACCAGCGGCAGCAUCAUACAGAGUUCAUGAAACAACUGAGAGCCCGAGCUGAUACAAACAGGAAAUGUGAGUCUGGUGCUGUUUCACAAAAUAAAGAGGAGACAGGUGACUCAAAACAAACAUACUCACCAGUUUUUGAUAGUUACUCAGAAUCCUCAAGGUCAAAGAUUCAUGAUCAGAGUAGUACCAGCAGCCGCCAAGAGAGUCCUUCAGUUCCCUCUUCUAAGGAGAAUGAGAAAAAGCUUUCCCGGCGUGAGAAGACAAGUAGCUGUAUUGAAGAGCGGGCUUGUACUGCUGUGGAUGAUUCCUUGCCAAGUGAUAGUAUUUUAUCACUGCCAGAUGAAAAAGAUUCUGCUUCAAUUGCAACAGAAUAUUCUCUGAAAUUUGAUGAGUCUAUGACAGAGGAUGAAAUUGAGGAAAAGUCUUUUCGGUCUUUGCUACCCUCUGAGAGUCACCGCAGAAUUAACCUGGAGAAGAAACGGGGUAAUCGUGAUGAUUCUGAUGAGGAAGUCUCCCCAGAAAAAACAGCUCUGUCCUCUAUCAAGGAGCUAAGCAUGCCAUUCUCAGGGGGGCAAGAUAGUUUCUCUAAAUUUACCAUGGAGAUGGUAAGACAGUACAUGAAAGAGGAAGAAAUGCGAGCAGCUCAUCAGUCCUCGCUACUUCGGCUCCGGGAAAAGGCUUUGAAGGAGAAGACCAAGGCUGAACUAGCAUGGCUGGAACACCAGAAGAAGCAUUUGCGAGACAAGGGAGAGGAUGACAAGAUGCCUCCUAUAAGAAAGAGACAGCGUGGUCUGCUGCUGAGGUUACAGCAGGAAAAGGCAGAAAUUAAGCGUCUUCAGGAGGCCAACAAGGCUGCUCGGAAGGAGAGACAGCUGAUUCUUAAACAGCAAGCAGAAAUAGAAAGAAUUCGUCAGACUACAAUGAAACUGCAGGAAAAAUUAAAGUCUGCAGGAGAAAACAAGCUGGAACUUCACAGUGAAGAUGACAUCAAACAGAGCAAUGCUUCUAGCCCACUUCCAACAGAUGCAGAAACACGCAGUCCUUCCCCUGUCUCAAUCUCCAGCAGUGAGACUAGUAGCAUCAUGCAGAAGCUUAAAAAAAUGCGCAGCAGAAUGGAUGAAAAGUUCCUAACUAAGCGAGAACAGAAGCUGAUGCAGCGUCGACAACAUGCUGAAGAGUUGUUGGAGUGGAAACGCCGCCUAGAUGCAGAGGAAGCAGAAAUACGGCAGAUAGAAAAGCAGGCUCUAGCUGCCUGGGACAAAGAACUGCUCAAAACCAAAAUAGCCAAGAAAGACCUGGGGGAUCAGAGAACUGAGCCCAAAGAAACAGCCAGUGAAGAAGAGUCUCCAGUGCCUUCUUGCUCUCAUCUAAACAGUGAAAGCUCCAUCCCGGAAGAUCUUGGCAGUCCAGCUGCCGAGUCUGUCCCGUCAGAGACUAUGGGCCAUGGGCAGUCAGAGAGUCCAAAUCAGCGUACAGUUACAGAAGAAAUGGCUUAUUCUGAAGAGCUCAAGUCCUCUACCUCACCUAGCAAACUUUCUCCUCCUAAAAGCAGCAUAUCUGUAUCAAAGCAAGAUUCCAGCAAAAGCAGCCAUAGAGUUGGAGGGCAGCUACGUUCACUUGUAAAAUCUCAUCAGAUAUCUAACAGCUGGUCUGAUGAAUCUUUAUCUAUGACACAGUCAGAAACCACGUCUGACCAGAGCGACAUUGAAGGCCGGAUCAGGGCCCUGAAGGACGAACUACGAAAAAGGAAAUCUGUGGUUUAUCAGCUGAAAAAGGAACAGAAAAAGAGACAAAAGGAGAGACUGAAAGCCCAGGAGGCCAGUUUGAUCAAGCAACUAGAGUCAUAUGAUGAGUUCAUCAAGAAGACUGAAGCAGAGCUGAACCAAGAUCUGGAGACAUCACCCACAGCUAAACCUCAGAUUAAAACUCCAUCCUCAGCUGCUGAAAAACCUAAGAUCAAGGCACCACCACUCCAUAGGCCUGAGACAGCAAAGAAUUGGAAAUCACUGACUGAAUCGGAGCGGUCCAGAGCAUCUCUGGAAUCCAUUGCAGAGCAUGGAGGCUGUACCAUCUGCUAUGAUUCACUUUUUCUUUUCCUUCAAGAUCCUGCAUUAUCAAGGACUGAGAGAGCUGUGUCUGUGCACUCCAAGAAGGUGGUUGCAACAGAUAUUCAUGCAGAAGAACUUUCUCAAACAUCAUCCUUGGUUUUGAAGUCAACAAGGAGGUCCAGAGCAGAAUCUGGUGAUUCCUUAGAUAAUGUGUCCUCAUCGCCUCUUCUCAAAGACAUAAAAGACGUUAGCAAGCUAUCCCAUGGGUCCGUGAGCAAUAUGGUAAAUACAUCCAGUGAUGAGACUAUCCUCAGUCAUAAAUCUGAGAUACAGGAAGACAUACAAUACAUAAAAUCAGAAGAAUAUGAGCUUGAAGAUUCUCAUGGUAAGCCUUUGGAGAAUUCUGAUGUCCUGUUGAUGUUAGAUAAAGAGCAGGAGAGCUCACUAGACAUCCUUCCAAAGAAAGUCCUCUGUUCUGAAAAUGAACAGUUUCAGAAGGAAACUUUUGGCUUGACUGUGGAAAGUCUUCAUGGUACAGAAGAAAUCUUAGACCAGAGACUGACAGACAAAGAUACCGUAACUGGACAAAGUGUAGAAGAAUCUUCUCACAAACUGAGCAGAUCUGCUGAGGAAAAAGAUUGUCUGCUUUCAGAACAAGUCUUUACUCAAAAAGAGCAAUCGUACCUUGAAGACUUUGAGGGAUCUUUCUCCAGAAAAGAAGCAUCAAUUGAAGAAACACUUCUUGUGGAAAAUUACAAAGAUGACUUUGAAGUGUCUCUUCUCUCCCCAAAAGGGGACACUCGGUCCCUGAGAGAGCAGUCACGGCACACACAAACCAACAGAAGCAGGUCCACCAGCCUUGGCAGCGAUGGUGAAAUCAGUGAAUACUUCAGUGACAGAUCUCUCUCCCUCUCUGGCAGCAUGCAUUCAGAGAGAUUAUUAGAACUGAAGUCACCAACAGAAUUUAUAAAAAAUAAUGAACGCAGAGAUGUGGAGACAGAACAGGCUGCUAUUGAAUCACCACUAUGGGCCUCUGCUUUGAUCUUAGAAGAAACAGACAGUUUGCUAAAUUUCAGUAUUGGUGAUAGGGUACUUGUGAGUAAAGUCCAACCUGGAACGUUGCGAUUCAAAGGUCUGACCAAGUUUGCCAAAGGGUUUUGGGCUGGUGUGGAGUUGGACAAACCAGAAGGAAACAAUAAUGGAACUUAUGAUGGUAUAAAAUAUUUUGAUUGCAAAGAAAAGCAUGGUAUUUUUGCUCCUCCUCAAAAAAUCUCCCAUAUUACAGAAAGCAUUGAUAGCCAUUUAGACACAAAUAAGGAUGAAGACUCAUUUUUUGAUGAUAGGCUGGGCAAGCAACACAAAGCUGAGCAGAACAACAAAGGAAGUUCCAAACCUGGCAAAGAGGAAGAAAGCCAGAGGAGAGAUGCAACAGAGAACUAUUCCCAAGAUAAAGGUCCUGCGGACACAACUGUUUUAGAAGCCUCAGCUGGGGAAAGGGUAGAUGAGGACUCUGAUUCUGAAGCAAGCCACAUAAAGGAGGUCUCUGUAGCUACUGAAUCGCUUGCCAGAGAACAAUCUGUGGUGGAUUAUCUGAAGCAUGCUGCAAAAGAAGAGGCCAAUCUUGCUCCUCCCGUUUCUGGUGUCAUGGAGAAGAUUUCCGCUGCUCAUUUGGAAGACAUCUCAGAUUUUCUUUCUGAAAAACUGGAGAGGCAGAAGACAUUGGGGGAAGAAUGUGCUGAAAAGUUAGAUGAUCUCUCUCCUGGAAUUCUGGAGAAGCCUUCAACUCCACUUCUGGAUUUGCUGACAAAAGAGAAGAACCAGUUAGAAGCCCAGCUUAGACUACCACUUAGAGAGGAAGAGAAGUCAAAAGACCAACUAGAAAAGGUCAGUUUGCUGACAGACAGUCUCCUCAGAGAUUUUGUGAAAGACACAGUCAAUCAGCUACAGCAAAUAAAGAAGGUCAGGAAUGAGAAAAUCCAGCUUAGCAACCAAGAGCUCUGUGAUGUGAAAGAAGAACCCAGUACCCCAGCCCAGCAUGUGAAAGAGCUGAUUCCUGAUGGCCUGAAUAACUUUUUUCGAAGUUCUGAUUUGGAAGAUGAAAGAGAAGAACUUUCCUCCCCAGACAUGUGUCCCAGACCAGAGAGCCCAGUGUUUGGUGCCAGCGGUCAGGAAGAGCUUGCCAAGAGACUGGCAGAGCUGGAGCUCAAUCGGGAGUUUCUGACUGUGCUGGGAGAUGAUCAAGACUGGUUUGAUGAGGACUAUGGCUUGAGUUCCCGUAAAGUCCAGCAGAAGCAAGCUGAAGAACCGGCAGUGCUGCCCAAGGCAGAACCACAGAAAGUACCAACAAAGCCGUGUGAGGAGCCUUUGGUGGUCCCUCAUACUGCAGUGGAGGUAGAAGGUAUGGUACAUGCAGCAGCUGAGGAGCUCUGGAAGCUGAAAGAGCUGGGUCAUGAUCUUCAAAGUUUCAGCCUUCCUGUGGAUCUUAGUAAUACCAACAAAGAGCAGGACAUGGAGAUGGUAAACAAGCAGGUUUAUAAAAAGGCGGUAUUUGACUUAACAAGAGAGAUCUUUGGGGAAAUCUUUGCUGAGGAUCCUAAUCUAAAUCAGCCUGUCUGGAUGAAACCAUGUAGGAUCGCGUCUGCUUACUUUCGCCGAGUAAAGGAUCCAAAUGAUCUGGAUGAAAUCAAGAGCUUCAUUGCAGCUGAAGUGCUGAAGUUGUUCAGCCUGAGGAAGGAACCUAAUCACAAAACAGACUGGCAGAAGAUGAUGAAAUUUGGGAGGAAGAAACGGGACAGAGUCGAUCAUAUACUGGUGCAGGAACUUCAUGAGGAAGAAGCACAGUGGGUGAAUUACGACGAGGAUGAACUGUGUGUAAAGAUGCAGUUGGCAGAUGGGAUCUUUGAGGCCUUAAUCAGAGACACUGUUGAUGUACUGAACCAGAUAAAUGAGAAACAGAGGAGAUUGCUGCUUGUGUGACAACGCUGAAAAUAAAGCUAGAAGUUGUAUAACCUCUGAGUCACGGGCCUUUCUGACUCCUGACGUACUCUCCACCCUGCAAGCACUGCUGCUGGACUUCUAUGCAUGGGUUUUAAAGGCAGUUCAGAUGUGAUUAAAGGAAUCUGAAUUUACAUCCUUUGCUGCUAGAGACCUUGCACCAGAUUUAUUUUUUGAAACGAGCUGGUGCCUCACUUGAGGCUGCAUUGUGGAGCACUCAGACUGUUCUUGUGCCAAUGCAGUAUGCCGCAUAACUGUCAGCAGCUGUCUGUGGCCCCUGCCUGGGGCUUCGACAUUCAGCUUGUGCCCCGAAAGGGCUGGGUUAAGUUGGGAUAUUGGCUAUUUGGCUGGAAUGGCUGUCAGUCAUCAGUACUCAAGUUGUCUUUUGAAAUGUGAGUCAUUUGGAGAAGAAACGGUUUGGUCAGGUUUUAGUCAUAAAUGGAUACUUACCAUACUGAACAGUGUUAUAGUCUUAACACCUCUCCUCCUGCAGCCCUAACAAUGUGCAUCAGUUUCUUCUGCUCCAGAGCCCAUUUAAUUUUGUUCUCUCCGAAGCUGGUUUUCAUCUUUCUUCCUGUGGUGUGGUACCAAAUAAUGGUGCCAGUUAAUCCAGGAAAAGUAGGUGAUGUUGCUUUCUGCAUUCAAGUAAAGAAUUCUUACUGUUUUUUUUCCUAUGUAACUUGCUUCAGUCCAGAGGUGGAGCAAGAUAAAGGCCACCUAACGUCAAGGGUAAAAGAUGAGCCCGUGGACAACUUUCCUCCUACCAUGUAGCACUUCCUGGAGUGCCAGCUGCUCCUAGAUCAUGGAUACUCAGGAUUCUCUCAGGCACGAGACAUGCAGGAGUGGAAAAUGUUUCUUCAAAAAAAAAUUGGCCUUCUAUCCCUCAGCUUCCUCCCUUACUGUCACCUAUUAAUUCGGAGAAGCCGUUACUUGAACAAUUUGGGGGAAAAAGUGUAUUCACCAAAGAAAGCGGUGUCCGUUGCUUGACUGUCUGCAUGUUUUGUGUUUGUGGGGGUUUUUUCUUUAAUUUAUUUUCAGAUAAUUUAUUGAGUGGGUUAUAGGAGAGUGUCCUGUGCAGAGGUUGCCCUGUCUUAUGUUUUGAGACAGCAGAACUUGAGAACACGUCUGUUCUGGUGACUUCCAGAGUCUGUAUUCUUCGCUCAAAAACUCCAGCUUCUUGAGGGUGGGAAGGAAAAGCAGGACUGGGAAUGGAGCCUCUUCGCAACUGAUUCAGAGCUGAUGGAGAGUCGAAGGGACUGAGCUGAAGAAAAGACGUGAAACUUCCCUGCUCCGUCUGUUUCCUUGUUCUCGCAGAACUCUUAGGCCAUAGGCAGCCGUUCUGUGCUUCGUUUGGUGCUGGGUUCAACUGCAGUGUUCUUCUGCAGAGUGCUCUUUCUUAAUCUAUCCCUCCCAUCCUUGUGUUUUUCUUGGAUGAACACAGACAAUCUGGGGUCAAAUGUUGUUGCCUUAAUAGUGGAUGUCCUGAUCGCUAACUUGGACGAGACCCAGAGGGGUAUCAGAUUCUCUGGACAAGCUGGAGUGUAGAGGGAUACUUUAAAGCCUGCUUGGAGGCACCCCAAAGCUGCUGUAGCCCAUGAUAGGCAUGGUGGGGAGAUCUCUUCAUGGUUUCUUACAUCCGUUUGUUUCUUGGGCUUCCUGCUAGGCAUACCUCUGCUGCUUCUCCAUUAUGUUUUCUCUUUUCCACCUUUUAUUUUUGGAAAACUAUCAUUGGAAUAUUUGCAUUUUGCACAAUGACACACAGCUGGUAGUUCUUCAGGGACAGCACUGGGAAAUGUUGGAUUUGUCAGAGGUCCAAGCAAAUUCUCAGAUGUAGUAUUGCCAGCACCUCAGUUGUGAGUUAAUGGUGAGCCAUAUUCAUGGGAGCUUGAUGAAUGAAAGAACAAGGAGGAGGUAACGGUGUAUAGGAACACCUCCAAUGGGGUAUGUGCAUGUCUGUCCCACAGUAGUGGCCUUUCUGGCUGGCUGGAAGUCAAGUGGUCUUGGUGGAGCAUUGUUCAGCUUUUUUCCUUGAGUGAUUCGCUUGUCCUUGUGAAGCGUCAUGAUGCUGAACUGUGAAAUUAUCAAAUUCUUAUGACAGAAGCAAACUAAAGCUGCUGCAUUUAACCAGCAUGGUGUCACUAACUGGGUUACUGCCUCAGAUUCCCUUUCCUGGGCGUAUCUUUUUCAACAGAGAUGAUUGUUAUUUUUAUAGGUAGCAAUUAUGGAAAAGAGGGCAGAAACCUGCAGUGUAGGUUUGUGGCUUGAGUAUCACAGAAAUGAAAAGUUAGUUUCCGUUCCCUAGAUAACGUGGCCAGUGCUGAGACAGAAAGAUGCCCUGCAUCACUGAAGUUUUUCAGCUGCUCUGCGGGGUUGGCGUAGUUGUUUUUGGUAUGCGCGCCAACAGGGAGAAGGUUGUACGGUUGGCCUGCCGAGGUUACAGGGACCAUUGGAGAUUAUAUGCCUGUUGUCUUGCUGAUUUGGAUCAGCAGUAGUUUAGUACCUUCAACAGAAACAGUAGCUAUCUUUACAGCUCUUUGGGCAGAAGGAAAUUGUGUAUAAGGAAUGGUUUUAUUCCUUUGCAAACAUCACCAUUUAUUUUUGGUAGCAAUUCCUGAUAGGAGCAACCCUAAAAAGACUUGAACGUAUAGGGGUUACCUUCUCAAUACCUCAAGUGUGUUGAGUUACUUUGGAUGCUAGGACUGAUGAUGAUUGAGACGGAGCAAUGGUCUGUCUAGGCCGCAGUUGAUGACAAAGAGAUACGGGGAAGUCCGGAGUGUUAUAAACAGAGGCUGAAUUCUGUACUUCUCCCCUCUCCCCAACCUUGCCAUUGUAAGAGCAAAAUCAUAUCGUUGGGUCCUGGUUAUCUUAGUUAUCAAGGCCGAGAAAUUGUUUUGAAACCUGUAAGCUGGUUGACGUGGCAGCUGCCGUCACUGCGGAGGUGGGAUUCCCUUUUCAGGAAGAUCUCAGUGCCGGGUGGGCAAGCCCAGGAUUGCGCCGGCGAAGAGCAUGAGUGCCUCUCUCGCGGCAGGAUACUUCCCGAGCUAAGCUGUGGAGUAGUAGUAUUUUACCUUUCAGAAAAGGCUUGUUGCUCAUAAGGUGUAAUGAUGGAUUGAAGAAUCUUACCUUGUUCACUUUCUUUUCUUGAAAAAGUGGCCUUAGCUUUUUGCAAUACUUGAAUAAGUGCGUACCUGCAGAUCAUCUUCAGUAGCACAGUGAUAGAGACCUUUUAAGUAACUAUUCUGCAAGGAACUGAGUUCAGUUCUGACUUUCAUAUCCCUUUGCUACCUUAAGAAUAUUAGGAAAAUAAAAUACUUUUGAGCAGAGAAACAGUUGAAUCUUAUAAGGUAUUUAGUGCAUCUGAAGUGUUUACAAAUCGACUAAAAUGGAGAAAAGCAAACUAUUGAACUUAUUUGUAAUUUAAACAUUAAAUGCAAAAAUAUAUACAGAUGAAAGAGGAAUACUGUAAUUAACCUGCAUUUAAUAGUUUUUUUCCUUGACUUUGCAGAGCCUUUUGAUACACAUUUGCAAAGCCGCCUUUUGGGAGGCUCUGUCUCCCUGUGUACUGUAUUGGGGAGAUAUUAAAAAGAAACCUGUUUACUGUGUAUGUGUAAAUAACCUGGUAACUUGGUUUUUGGGCCAGUUUCAGCUAAUGUUCACAUGCCGAGCAGCUUUGCACAGUAGACAGACCCAAGGAUGUGGAAGGGUUUUUGUAAUUAAGAACUGUAAAAUAACCAGGGUGGUCCCUGUGUACACCAGUGUAAAUAUCUUUGGUAACUGAAAUGUACUUUAAGAGAAUAAAAUCUGUAAAUAAACUGAUUUAUAAAUUAA